UUGCUUUUUCCCCCACAUACCCUUUUCUUCACUUUUUUCCCUUUCUUCGUGCUGCGGCCAGCACCGGGAAGGAGCUACCCCUGCCCGCCGUCCGCCCCGCCGCGGCCCCGGCUCCUCUCGCCGCCGCUCCAGGACCUGUCGCCCAGACCGGCCCCGCUACCUGCCUGGCCGCGGGAGGAGCCACUUCCCUCUCCCCAGAAGGAUGGAGGUCCUGCAGCUCCUGCGCCUGCUCCUCACCACUGCCAUGCUGGGCCUGUCCCAGACAGUGAACCCCUUCGUGGCCCAGCAGACCCCCCCAGACCCCUGCUAUGAUGAGAGCGGCGCUCCUCGACGCUGCAUCCCUGAGUUUGUCAACGCUGCCUUCGGGAAGGAGGUUCAAGCUUCCAGCACGUGCGGGCGGCCCCCGACACGGCACUGCAACGCCUCGGACCCGCGCCGAGCGCACCCGCCCUCCUACCUGACCGACCUCAACACCGCCUCCAACAUGACCUGCUGGCGCUCGGAAACCCUCCACCACUCGCCCCAGAACGUCACCCUCACCCUCUCCCUCGGCAAGAAGUUUGAGGUGGUCUACGUCAGCCUCCAGUUCUGCUCGCCCCGGCCCGAGUCCACCGCCAUCCUCAAGUCCAUGGACUACGGCAAGACGUGGGUGCCCUACCAGUACUACUCGUCCCAGUGCCGUAAGAUCUACGGCAAGCCCAGCAAAGCCACGGUGACCAAGCAGAACGAGCAGGAGGCCCUGUGCACCGACGGCCUCACCGACCUCUACCCGCUCACCGGGGGGCUCAUUGCCUUCAGCACCCUCGACGGGCGACCCUCGGCCCAAGACUUCGACAGCAGCCCCGUGCUCCAGGACUGGGUGACGGCCACCGACAUCCGCGUGGUCUUCAGCCGCCCGCACCUCUUCCGUGAGCUGGGCAGCAGCCGGGACGCGGGCGAGGAGGAGGGCGCCACGGGCUCCACGCCCUACUACUACGCGGUGGGGGAGCUGCAGGUCGGCGGCCGCUGCAAGUGCAACGGGCACGCGGCGCGCUGCGUCAAGGACAAGGAGCAGAAGCUGGUGUGCGACUGCAAGCACAACACAGAGGGGCCCGAGUGCGACCGCUGCAAGCCUUUCCACUAUGACCGGCCCUGGCAGCGCGCUACUGCCCGUGAGGCCAACGAGUGUCUGGCCUGCAACUGCAACCUGCACGCGCGGCGCUGCCGCUUCAACAUGGAGCUGUUCAAGCUGUCGGGGCGCAAGAGCGGCGGCGUGUGCCUCAACUGCCGGCACAACACGGCGGGCAGGCACUGCCACUACUGCAAGGAGGGCUUCUACCGCGACCUCAGCAAGGCCAUCACUGACCGCAAGGCCUGCAAGGCCUGUGACUGCCACCCCGUCGGUGCAGCUGGCAAGACCUGCAACCAGACCACGGGGCAGUGCCCCUGCAAGGACGGCGUCACCGGGCUCACGUGCAACCGCUGCGCCAAGGGCUACCAGCAGAGCCGCUCGCCCGUGGCCCCCUGCAUCAAGAUUCCUGCCAUCAACCCCACCUCCCUGGUCACCAGCACAGAGGCACCUGCAGACUGUGAUUCCUACUGCAAACCAGCCAAGGGCAACUACAAGAUUAACAUGAAGAAGUACUGCAAGAAGGACUAUGUGGUCCAGGUGAACAUCCUGGAGAUGGAGACGGUGGCCAACUGGGCCAAGUUCACCAUCAACAUCCUCUCUGUCUACAAGUGCCGUGACGAGCGGGUCAAGCGCGGUGACAACUUUUUGUGGAUCCACCUGAAGGACCUGUCCUGCAAGUGCCCCAAGAUCCAGAUAAGCAAGAAGUACCUGGUGAUGGGGAUCAGCGAGAACUCCACGGACCGGCCCGGACUGAUGGCCGACAAGAACAGCCUGGUGAUCCAGUGGCGGGACGCCUGGACACGGCGCCUUCGGAAACUGCAGCGGCGGGAGAAGAAGGGCAAGUGUGUGAAGCCCUGAGGGGUUUGCACCCACCCUGUCCCCCCUGCCAGCCCCAGCCCAGCUGGGCACUGCCAGACUGCACCACAGACUCUGUACAUAUCCAUAGUGUGAAUGGACUCUUUGUCUAUAGUGUAUAUUUUGGCAAUGGUUUCCUGUUGUGUGCGUGUGCACGGGUGGGUGUGCGUGUCAGCCCUUUUCUCUAAGUGUGUAUUAAAAAUAAUGCAGUAAUGACAAACCUUUAACGAGGAGCAAAGUGGAGCAAGGUCCUGUGGGUGCCUGUCACCUGAAGGGGCUUGAAGGGGAUUAGUGCCCUGCUCCAGGCAUUCUGGAGCUCAUUUUCAAGGCUUUUGUAUUCCCUUUGACACAGUUGUCUUCUGCCCAGUGCUGAUAUCUCAGUUGACAGCUCUCCCUUCUCCAGCAUCCAGGGUAUGAUUCUUCCUCACUCUGAAAAUGUGCUGCUGCCAGGCCUCUCUCUGCCUUUCUCCUUGCCCAGGAGGAACAGGAGGUCAGAGUCUUCUGUCCCUCAUUCCGAUGUGCGGGCAGGCUGAGUGGAAGCUGUCCAGUGCUGCAGUGUCCAGCCCCAGGACCUCCAUCAGGAAGGACAAAUGAACUUUCACAAGGCCUGAUUCCCCCUGGGCUCACAUGGACCAGUGCUGCUGGCUGGGGCAGGACCUGUGCUGUGCUGCAGUGCCAUAGGGAGAA